GUUGCGGCCCCGCCCCGCGGGCUCAGUGCAAGAUGGCGGCGGAGCGGAUCUUCGACCGGGCUGUGCCCGUGCGGCUGCAGGGCCGGGGCUGCGAGGAGCGGAGAUUAAAUGUUCGAGUGAAUAUUGAGCUGCUGUCAAUUUCUAGUCCUGUUCAUAGAAAGGACUUAGCUGUUCGAUUGACUGAUGAUACUGAUCCUUUUUUCCUUUAUAACCUUGUCAUAUCUGAGGAAGAUUUUCAAAGUUUGAAGUCCCAGCAAGGUCUCUUGGUAGACUUCUCUGCUUUCCCACAAAAAUUUAUAGAUCUGCUUCAGCAAUGCAUUCAGGAACAGAACAAAGACACCCCAAGGUUUUUACUGCAAUUAGUUUCUUCAGCAUCUGCUCUAGAUCACACACCUGUCGCUUUAAAUGUUGUGGAGACCAACCCUUUUAAACAUCUUACCCAUCUUUCUCUAAAAUUCCUACCAGGAACUGAUUCAGAAAUAAAGAAAUUUUUAGCCAACUGUUUGAAAUGCCUUAAGGACGACAAAUUGAUGCUGGAAGAAAAACUUAGAAGAACUGAGGAGGAUCUUACCAGGCAGCUGAGCUACACUCAACAGAGCUUGUCAGAGAAGAGCCGAGAACUGGACAAACUGAAAAGUGAAUGGACAUCAUACACCACAGCUCUAACCAACAAACACUCCCAGGAGCUGACAAAUGAAAAGGAAAGAGCUCUCCAGGCACAAACUCAGUACCAACAACAGCAUGAACAGCAGAAAAAGGAAUUGGAAACUUUGCAUCAGAAGAGUAUCCAGCAGCUGCAGAACAGACUCUCAGAACUCGAGGUCAUCAAUAAGGACCUAACAGAGAGAAGAUACAAAGGAGACUCUACAGUCAGAGAACUGAAGGCAAAACUUUCUGGAAUAGAAGAUGAUUGUCAGAGAGCGAAGCAGGAGGUGCUGUCGCUGCGUCGGGAGAACACGACUCUGGAUGCUGAAUGCCACGAGAAAGAGAAACUCAUUAAUCAGCUCCAGACACGGGUGGCUGUUCUGGAACAGGAGAUCAAAGACAAGGAUCAGCUGGUUACUAGAACAAAAGAAGUGUUAGAUGCAACACAAGAGCAAAAGGUGAUUCUGGAAGAGAGUACAGAGGAAAAACAGAGGCAUAUUGAAAAACUAGAGACAACAAUUAAGUCGCUGUCAGCUGAACUCCUUAAGGCUAAUGAAAUUAUCAAGAAGUUACAAGGAGAUUUGAAAACUUUAUUGAGUAAAUUAAAAUUGAAAAACACAGUAACAAUUCAGCAGGAAAAAUUAUUGGGAGAAAAAGAAGAGAGACUUCAAAAAGAGCAGAGGGAAUUGCAGGAGAUGGGACAAUCCCUUCGAAUGAAAGAGCAGGAGGUUUGCAAGCUACAAGAACAGCUAGAAAGUACAAUACAAAAACUAGAGGAAAGUAAGCAGCUACUGAAAACCAAUGAAAAUGUGAUCAGCUGGCUGAACAGACAGCUCAGUGAAGUUCAGAUGGCAAAGAGGCUGGACACUUCUGCCAGCACACACGGUGGUGGUAGGGCUGCCUCUUCACCUCAUGGCAUGCCUGACAGACCAUCCUUUCCCAGCUCAGGAAUCAGUCAUCCCAUUUCUCCUCUGUAUGCCUUCCAGAACUUCCUGGAACCAGCACACAGCAAAAACACCAGUUCCCCAUGUCCAGUACCAAAGGUUCAGUUUAACACACAGCUUCCUAAACUGAACCGAUGUUCAGAUGCUCAGACAGUGACUACAACCAGCCAUCCAGCAAAUAAGGAGAAUGGUGAUCAUUUGGGGCUGGAAUCCAAGUAUCUCAAGAAAAAAGAUGACAGCAUUCCUUUACGAGGCCUUAGUCAGAACACGCUGAACUCGGAGUACCUGAGACCAUACCUGCCAGCCAAAGCCCAGCCACUGCCCAAAGCUGCAGGAACACCAGCCUCGGCUUAUUUUCCCGGAUAACAGACAGGGUUCUGACAGCGAGAGGCGUCGUUUAACCAUUUGGGGGAGUUUUGAAUGUCCUGUAAUAGUGUGUUAGUAGAGUAUUGAUGUGAACUGACAUCAUUUUUUAUCAGGCAGUUUUCUCUGAGACAGGUAUCUUGACUGACUGGGUGAUGUUCCAGGGUACGUGAGCCUGAGAAGAGAAAGCUUUAAGCUGCUGUAGUGGGACCAACACUGACAGUAAGUUACUGCGGCUGUGCAGAAUUUUCUCUUCAUGUAUUGUUGACCCUGUAAUGGUCCUAAAACCCCACCAAAGUGCUGUUUUUUAGAACAGGUGAAAUGUACAUUCCCUGAACAAGAACGUAUAUCUAUGAGUUUUUACAUUCUUUCAGAGAAAGGAAGAGGCACAUGGAAAGCACUGGAGAAUUGGGGCUGUGCUGCCAGCUUUAGUAAUGGUUAAGCUCAUAAAUGACCACAAGUGCCUCACUAAUCCUCCCUUACAUUUUAGUUUUAAACACUUAACUUUUGAACCAGAUUAUUUGAAUUCCAUACAAAUCUAAUUUUAAAGACGCUAAAUUAUUUCACUGAAGGUAUAAAAUUGUAACUAAAAUUUCUCACUCUGGGUCCCCCUAACUUUUCUGUUAAUCUCUCAGAAUUACAUUCCACAGGCCACCACGCAUAAAACAUUGCAAGGUGAAGUAUCUGAAUAGGUUAACUAUUGACAAGUAUAAAAACAUCUAAAAGAAAGAGACUUUAUUUUUACAAAUCAUACUUUACAGCUGUAAGACUGUACAGAAAUUUAAGAUACUCUAUUCAGCUUGCUCUGCUGUCUGGGUUCAAGUGCCUAAAUCAUGUAACAACCCGUUUUGUGCCAGCUCUUAUUUGGGGUCCCCUUAUCGAAGCAGUAGGCAUGUACUCCUAACAGGCACAGUACACUUAAAAUGACUAUUUACAUACUUUUGUUACAGAUAUUCCAUACCUUUUAUCUUAGUUAAUUAAGUGCAGCCUGAGGAUUGUACAUUUAAGUGGUUUGGUUUGCUGUGUGAAAUGUGUACAUUUGUUUAUAAAUCAGCACCAUGUUUAUGUAUAUUCACUGGCUUUGUCAUGUGUAAGUUUCAAUGGAAAUAUUAAAUGUUUUUUAUCAAAA